AUGAAUUACUAUGCGUAUCGUAUGAUGAUUCGUACACAUGAGGAGAAUGUCAUUCUGAAGUGCCGUCGGCUAUUCCAGCAAUUCGCUGUCGACAUGUAUGUCAAAGUCGAGACCGAACGUUUAGCGUUCAUCCGAUUCAAUCAGGCAAAGCUACGAUCUGAGGACUAUAUACACUUGCGUGCUAUUCAUUCAGAUGGUGAUGUUCAGAAUAUUGGACGUCUGCCGAUUCUCCCAUCAUCUUAUAUCGGAAGCCCACGCCACAUGCACGAAUACGCUCAAGACGCUAUGACGUACACACGUGCGAAAUUAUAG